CCACUGCCCCCAAACUCUGCUCCGACUCGGUCCGCUUCGGAUCGAGGAUCCCCUUCACUGCGGAACCAGGCUUUUGUUUGCUGUUGGAACUUUGUUGUUGCUGUCGCUACGCCAUGCCACCCAGCAGUUGCGAUGGAGCCACUGGAUAAUGACACGAUCAAUGAGCCGUCGAGGAAGCGGCUGAGGACAAGUCAUGCGUGCGAUACGUGCCGCGCAAGGAAGAUCAGAUGCAACGGCAACACGCCAUGCGCAUCCUGCUCUGCGUCGCAUCAGGAAUGCACCUAUGGGUCCGAAGCUAAUUCGCGCGGGAAGAGCGACCUCAUCCUAGAGGGCGUACUCAGGGUGGAGAAGUUUCUUCAUGAGAUGAAGGCCACCAUCGGGACGGCGCCGUAUGCCGAUCACCGUCCGUCCGUGGUCUCUCCGGCCCUCCGAUCCGCCUCGCGGGGGUCCUUUUCCGGGUCGCCGCUGAACGAGAUCCAUCACCCACAACGGACCCCUAUCUCGGAGCCACAGUAUCAGAACAACUUUGAAAACGCCGUGCUUGACUCCAUGCAUACGAGUACCACGGAGUCCGUACUACAAUGGCCUCACUUUGACGCCUUUCCGAACAUGAGGGAUGGAUACGUGCCCAUCUUCCACCUCGAACAGUCACGGCCCGCGGUGAAGACGCGCGCAACCCCCGUACACCCUUAUGUAACCGCGGAAGACAUUGACGAGAUCAUCGAAUCGUUUGAGCACACCAUCAACUUCUGGUAUCCGACCAUGUCUCGCGGCCAACUUGAGCAGGUCCGUAAUCUGAUCUCGGAUGGCAUUCCCGAGGGAGACAGCAUUCUCGUAUGUCUUGCGCUGCUGACCAUGGCUCUGGGGUGUGUCGGCCUAGUGACAACGGGAUUGGCGAGCAUGUCGCCUUUGAGCGAGGAGGAUCGUAAACGAAGAGCUUCCAAGAGAGCCAUGGGUGACAUGUACUUUGACAGCGUCUUGAAGAAGUUGCAUGUGGUGCAUACCAACGUCGGAAGCACGGCAACACAUUGCCUGUUCUUUACAGCAAUGUACUUUGCCUUCCUCCGUCGGCCAUUGCAAGCAUGGGAAUACAUCAAUGCGGCAUCGGCAAAAUGCCUCUUACUCCUGUCUUAUCCGCCAGAGUCUGAGUCUGCGGAAGACCAAGAACGAAUCCGAAGGAUCUUUUGGUCUUGUUACAUUCUCGAGAGUGACUAUAUGGCGGAGCUUUCUGGCCUCCCGCAGUCGGGCGUCGCCCGCAUCGAGUCAACGACCCCUCUUCCAGGAGAAUACAGCACACACAAAGACUCGCAAGUCGAAGAGCAGUCCUCCCUCUACUUCCUCGCCUGCAUCUCCAUGCGCCGCCUCCUCAACCGCGUCCACCAGCUUCUCUAUGCACGUGGAACCGGCGCAGCCCUCGACCACGCCCGCUUCCCUUACGUCGUCGCGGAACUCUACCACCAGCUCGACGACUGGCGCGAGGUACUCCCUCCAGCUUUCGCAUUCGGCGUCGGGUUCAAUGAAGUGGGGAACAGUCAAAGUACCGCGACGGAGCACGGAGGCUUUCUGAGGCAGAGGUAUCUUACCUGCAGGAGUGUGAUUUACAGACCAUACCUGGUGUGGAUGCUGAGUGGUAUGGCUGGUGGGAACGGCUCCAGCUCUGAACUGCUGGUCAGUCAAGAUGCGCUGAAGAACUGCAAGGCGUGUCUGGAUGCUUGUUUGCUCCAUAUCCUCAACUUGAGAGGCUUUGGACAGACGGUCAUGGUCGACACGUGGAUCUGUUCUCUCUCUAUGGCUGGCGCAAUGCUUGUUCUGCUCGCUGCAUGCCGUAUCCCGGCAUUGAAGGACAUGAUCGGCCCUGAAGUCCUGGGCGCUGGCGACCACUUGAAGCAGCUUCUUCAAGGCUGGCAGAGUACUAUGGGCGAGCCCACAUCUCCGAGCGUGAACCAGGCGAUCCGGAUCAUCAGUGACGUGGACCGUUUCAUCCAGGAGGUCUAUCGAGCUGGCGAGUCCUAUUCCAUGAGGCGACAUCCAUAGCUCAAGUAAGAAGGAAUCGGUCGCGGAGCAAAUCAUCUCAAAGUAAAUAUUCAUAUCUGGUACAUACAUUUACAGAGUAGGUUAUAUGGCUAGUUAUUGGGCAGAAUACAAAACCAAAGAAAUCAUGCAAGCACGUUGCACCAUCAUCUGCGCUAAGCCUGGUAUCGC